CAUCCCCACUAACUCGGCUUCGAUAGAGCCAUCUAUACAGGCUACAUACUUAUCAUACCUCUCUCGUCUGGCGUUAGAGACGCCGUUCGAAGAGCGAGCCAAAGCUCUUUGCUAGGAUGCCGCCCCUGCACAGCUUCGAGAUCGAUGUUCCUUCCCCCCUUCACUUUCUGGUGUUGGGGGGGGGAAAUUUGGACUUACUCACAUCCGUACAUACAUAAAAUAGCGGAGACGGGGAAUUUCGAGAAUUUAUUCCUUUUUUUUUAUUACAGCUACGCCUUCCAAAAAGGGUUAGAUGAUUUCCGAAUAUUGAUUUGGAGGUAAGUCUUCGUUCGCUCACCAUUCAAUCUCACUUUCCCACUGUUCGCCCAGCCAGCCGUGGUUCACUUUGCCCAUCCGCCCUUGUCCCCUUCUGUCCAGAUUCGCUGCUGUUGCUUGGCUGCUGCUCGGUGCUGCUUCCUGUGCUCGUCUCUCUCGCUCGUUGCUUUGGUGCUUCUGCUCCCGCUGCUGCUGCAACAACUGCGCUCUCACUCUCUUUCCCUCUCACUCUCACUCUUCUCCUCCCUCUUCACACACUCUUGUUCGCUCUCUUCACAAAGUCGUACUCCUGCUACUGCUCCCCCUCCUUGCUCACCUGUCUCCCAUUACCCAUUACCCACUCCUACUUCCUCCUCCACCCCCUUCCUGCUCCACCACCGCUCACAUCUCCUCCUUUCUCCCUCGUUCACUCAUUCAACGGCCUGCCAUCUCGUCCACACCCUUCUCAUCUUUAAAUAGUGUUUCUAUCCAACCCAACACGCAAGAACAAUCGACUCCCGCCAGGAAUUAAAAAUUAAAUAGAAGAAGGCGAAUCAUCCUGCUUGAUCGUUUCCAUCACCGUCGAGAAAGAAAAAAAAAAAACACCCCCGAAUUUGGUGCCGGCGCUUGAACAAAGAGUAAACCCUACUGGACUCGAAAACCCAUCUACCAUAAUACAUCUGCUUCUCAUCGCUUCCCUGGAUUCUUUGUUCAUCGAUUUUACCCUAGUUCGGCAUCGACUUUGUCGGGUCCGCUGUCGAAACAAACACGCGCGUGCUCCUUUACCCUCCGCUCUUCAUCUCCACGAACAGUAAACCAGAGGAAAAAAAUCGGUAAAGGGGGGCCUUUGGUCAACUCAAGACGCCUGCCCAUUCCCCUUACCCUUGGUUCCGAAAAUCUUUUUACAAGUUACCUCGACAUUUCUCCCUUAAAAUUCGCCACCUCCCAACCCCCUCUCUGCCAUCUUCUACGACAUGAGUCUCAAACUAGAUUACUUCUGAAGACGACAAAUCCCCCCCCGAAGAAGAAGCCGCAGAGAGGCUGUUUUUACGCAGGAUAAUGACCGAGAACCCUACUAUUCCAUCGACUCCUGGUCCUUCGCAGCCUCCCUCGCUUGCAAACUCGUCAACUACCCCUGAAGACGUCGCAGACACCUCCGGUGAAAUCGACUGUAUCUGCGAAAUAUCUGAUGAUGAUGGAUUCACAAUAUGUUGCGACAAGUGUGAUACUUGGCAGCAUCUUGUCUGCGUUCAACUCAACGGGGGAAAUUUGCCCAAGACCUACUACUGCCCUAGAUGCGAUCCAUGUUCUUUGGCCGUUUUGGACGUUCAAAAGGCUAAAGAUAUCCAACGGCAGCGAAGGGAAGUGGAGCAGGCCAAAAGGAGUCACAAGAAGAAGCGACCGACUGGCACAUCUCACAAAAAGAAGGAGCUCGCAAACGGUACAAAUGGCAUCACAUCUGGAAAAGUUUCAUCGUCCUCGGAGAAGACUGGUGUGCAGGUGUCUGGCAAGUCGGUCGGCGGGAAAGAAAUGCAGCAACCCUCUCGGAAAAGAGGCCACCGGGCCUCCGCCCAGUCAAGUAAUAAUGCUGGACUUAGCCCUCCCAUUACCCAUCAUGCUGUCUGCAAUGUCCCCAAUGCAAAUAUCCCCCUUGAGUCACCGUCUGCCCGUAACGGCGAAACUGAAAGUGAUACCGACCCUGAGAAACCGACAAGAUAUCUCGGAGAAGGUUUCACUGACUUGGGUAACAGCAUGAACAAAUAUACCGGUACCGAUGUCCAGCAGUUGACCCACAAGAUGGGAGAUUGCGCUUGCUUAGGGGAAAAAGAGUGCCUUGUCAAGGGAGUGGCUGAUGGCGAAACGGUUAUUAGCAAAGCCCUCAAUGGGAACGGAAAUUCACGUAAGCAACGCAGGACCAAUGCAUCCACCGAGUCGACAGUUGGUUCUAAACGACCAACCCCCGACCGUCAAUCUGUUCCAUUAAAAAAGGAGGAAGACGAAGAAAGUCGAUCUGUUUCACCGCCAUUAUCACGAAGCAAGCCAAGAAGCCGUGAUCUUACACCGUCAAUGCCUCAGGAUGUUGCUGUAGAGAAGGGUGAGAUGACCGGACGUGAGGCUAGGAAAUUCAAAGAGGUCUUAUCACGAAUACAAAAGCAGCAGCAAGAGGAGCAGCAACCUCAGGUUGCAAAACGGAGGAAGAGAAACAGUACGGUCUCGCUCACCCCUGGCACAUCAUCUUUGCACAGUCCGGGUAUCGAUAUGAAAGGUUGGAUAAAAGUACCCGAUUCAAGAUCCGGUCCAAAUCACGGUUUUGUGGAAUACUCCGUAACUGAUGCCGGUGUUGGGAGAAGAGCAUCAGAUUCUCCUGUCAGUUCGGAUGAGAGGAUACUCCGCCGGACUUCUUCCUAUUCUCCGGUUGCUCAAUUGACCCAAGGGCCCAAUACGCUCAAGCACGUUAGUAAGACCGUCUUAAGACCUGCGCGACCGCAGUAUGAGGACAGGGCGAUACAAACAGAUCCUGUCGAGGAAGGAAUUCCUUGGUGGUCGCCGGCUGCCGUGAAGGCGCCCCCUCGACCGCCACGAUUACCUCUUCGGAAGCUGUUGAUGCAGAGUUUACUUCGAGAUAGAGAAGAAGCCGCCGCAACUGUGUUAGAGGACAAGAAAAGGAAGCAUGAUGCUGUUUCUGAGGACCCUGAAAAUAUACCCUCUCCUAAAGUGCCAAAACUUUCUAACAGUGGGUCUGCCCGAAGCACAACAAUCUCACCUUCCCUUCGUGCAAAGGGAUCUUUACACGAGCCCUUACGUACGGCAACUUUGCCUACUCUGGAUAUUGGUUCUCUAUCGAAUCAAGCCUUAAUUACGCCUGAUAUGCCCACUACCAUGGUUGGUGCUAGUGCCGCUAAAUCACCUUCGUCGCCUCGACCUCCCGGUCCUGCGUUGGCGGAUCUUUUUUCUGCUGAUUCGGAUAAACCGUCAUCAACUCAGUCUAGUCCUACUCAAGAGAAGCAGCCCUCUGAUAAAAUACGGGUGAAUUUACCACUGGACAAGCCUCGGGUGAACGGAUAUAGAAACUCUAGUUUACACGUGCAGCUGCCACCUGGCUCAGGAGCUGUCAAUGGACCAUUGACACCCGCCUUGCAAAGUUCAUUACCUUCAGCUCCCAAUUCAGCCACAAUCCAGCCUCCUUCGACAACAUUCCCCAGCUAUGUCUCUCCGUCGGUGUCUGCCCUGAAUAGCAACAUGGUCAAUCCUAGCCCAACAAGGACGACGAAAAAGAUGAGUUUGGAAGACUAUGGUAAAAGGAAGCACAAGACAGAGCCUGUCGAGAAGAGUGAUGAGAAGUUGAGUGUAAAAACUACGAAUGAGGGACCUGCGACUUCAACGAAUUUAUCCAAACCAUCCAUCGUGUCGUUAGUGGAGGAGCCCACGAGCAUUGCUGAUCCUGCGCCGAGUACAUUGUCAAUUGUAACAGCACUGCCACCUCAGGCGAUCAACUCGUCAAAGCUUGCUAUGGAACCAAUCAGAAUUCCUCCUGCACCGAAGGACCAAAGGACGACUUCGUUGGGUAGUAGUGUACGUUAGUUUCUUUUACUCUUUUCUUAUGUCACGGGUUGUUUCUUGUAUGAAUUCUUUAGUCAUUAGUAGGUUCUUGGGUAGGCUAUUAGCUUGUUCUACCAACUAUUCUCUUCUCUUAACUUUUUUUCUUUUUUUUUUCCUUUUCAUGGUUACGGAUAGGAUAACUUUUUCCUUGACACUUUCUUGUGUUGCUGUCGCCUUCUUUCUUUUCGGUGGGGAAAACAAAACUUUUAUCUUUUUCAUCAUGUCUUUAAAGCCUGGGCUGGGGGAAUUGGAGUUCAAAUUUUCGUUUUUUGUCUUUUUAAGGGGGAACUAAAGAAGUGUUCUUUUUUUCUUCUAUAUAUAUACGUAUUAUAUAUAUUUGCCCGGCUGGGCUAAAGAAAGGGUGAGUUCGGUGGAACCGGGAAAAAUCUACCAUCUCCAAUCUGAGAACGGGAACGGCAACAAAAAAAAAAAAAAAAAAAUCACGAAAACUUUAUGCUUGUUUGCUGUUUUUGUUUCGCUUUCUACUGGAGAUUUUUUUUUUUUUACUGUUGACUUUCUUGUAUAAUACUUCUUACCUUCCUUGUAUAAUUGUGC